CUGUGUGCAAAAGGUCCUGUUUCCGCACUGAUUCUAAGCUCUGCCCUGGCCUGAGGGGAGGACAGGGAUGAGCCAGGACAGGUGGCCUGGACAUGAGCUGUCUGCCUGUUGACGACUCACGCUUCUCUUUUAGAACGGUUUCCAGAAGCGGUGGGAGGGGAUGGGCAGGGCAGCUAAAUAUAGCUCUUGGGCCACUGAACUAUUGGGAGGGUCUGCCCUCUGCCCAGAAUGUGCUUGUCACCUGUUGAGUCCACUGACUGCCAUCUGGCCGAGUCCCUGUCCUUGCACCGAGCCUGCUGCUUGCUUCUUGCUGGUCUCUGGACGCAGCUCUGUUCACCCUGCUGGCUCAUCAUGUCUGCUGCACCAGGUCUUCUGCACCAGGAACUGUCCUGCCCACUGUGCCUGACGCUGUUUGAUGCGCCAGUGACUGCUGAGUGUGGUCACAGUUUCUGCCGUGCCUGCCUGGUCCGCGUGGCAGGCGAGCCUGCCGCUGAUGGCACAGUGCCCUGUCCCUGCUGUCAGGCACCCACGCGGCCGCAGGCUCUCAGCACUAACCUGCAGUUAGCGCGUCUCGUGGAGGGUCUGGCGCAAGUGCCCCAAGGCCACUGCGAGGAGCACCUGGAUCCACUGAGCAUCUACUGCGAGCAGGACCGCACACUUGUGUGUGGUGUGUGUGCCUCUCUGGGUUCUCACCGUGGUCACCGUCUUCUGCCUGCCGCGGAAGCCCACGCACGCCUCAAGACUCAGCUUCCCCAACAGAAGCUGCAGCUGCAGGAGGCAUGCAUGCGAAAGGAGAAAAGCGUGGCCGUGCUGGAGCACCAGUUGGUGGAGGUGGAGGAGACCGUGCGUCAUUUCCGGGGAGCUGUUGGGGAGCAGCUGGGGAAGAUGCGGGUGUUCCUGGCUGCCCUAGAAAGCUCUUUGGACCGUGAAGCGGAAAGGGUGCGGGGUGAGGCUGGAGUGGCCUUGCGCCGGGAGCUGUCAAGCCUGAAUUCCUACCUGGAGCAACUGCGGCAGAUGGAGAAGGUUCUGGAGGAGGUGGCUGACAAGCCACAGACAGAGUUCCUCAUGAAAUACUGCUUGGUGACCAGCAGGCUGCAGAAGAUCCUGUCCGAGUCCCCACCACCUGCAAGGUUGGAUAUCCAGCUGCCUAUCAUCUCAGAUGACUUCAAAUUCCAGGUGUGGAAGAAGAUGUUCCGGGCUCUGAUGCCAGAUCUGGAGGAACUGACUUUUGACCCCAGCUCUGCGCACCCGAGCCUGGUCGUGUCCCCUUCCGGCCGCCGCGUGGAGUGCUCGGAGCAGAAGGCACCGCCAGCGGGAGAAGACACGCGCCAGUUCGACAAGGCGGUGGCGGUGGUGGCUCAGCAGCUGCUGUCCCAGGGCGAGCACUACUGGGAGGUGGAGGUGGGCGACAAGCCGCGCUGGGCCCUGGGCGUGAUGGCGGCUGACGCUCCCCGCCGUGGCCGGCUGCACGCGGUGCCCUCCCAGGGCCUGUGGCUGCUCGGCCUGCGCGAUGGCAAAGUCCUGGAGGCGCACGUGGAGGCCAAGGAGCCGCGGGCACUGCGCACUCCCGAGCGGCGGCCGGCGCGCAUCGGCCUCUACCUGAGCUUCGCCGAUGGCGUGCUGGCUUUCUAUGAUGCGAGUGACGCCGACGCGCUUGCACCCCUCUUUUCCUUCCACGAGCGCCUGCCCGGGCCGGUGUACCCUUUCUUUGACGUGUGCUGGCACGACAAGGGCAAGAACUGUCAGCCGCUGCUGCUCGUGGGGCCUGACGGUGAGCAGGCCUGAGCUCCGCCCCGUGCGGGAGGAGGUCGGGUCCCGAAGGCAGUGGGAGGCUUAGGUCACCUUUGUCAGGCCUGGAGUGGGUUGGGCGGGUUUCUGGAGCUGAAGACUACGCUGAGGGAUGGCUAGGGAGGGGGAGUUUGUCUCACAGAGCUCAGAGAAGUACACGGGUUGGGAUGGGCAUGGGACCGAUGGUAAGGGAUGGAGGGAUAGGGUCAGAGCAAUCUGUGAGGCAAUCUGAGUUUGGCCAAGAGUUCCAGGAGGAAGCUGAGGUUUAGGGAGCCUGGGGAGAGGGUGGGACUUAGUGGAGAAUCUUGGGAAGUCUGUGGAACAGUAGUCCCUUCAGCCCCACAACCCGCUCCUGAAGGCCCCCUGCUCCUCACGGCUUCACAUUCCCCUUACCCGGCAGGUUUUCAGUUAGUGCUGACAUCAACUGCCUUUUCUUUUUUCUUUCUUCUCCUCUUUCUUUCUUUCUUUCUUUCUUUCUUUCUUUCUUUCUUUCUUUCUUUCUUUCUUUCUUUCUUUCUCUCUCU